AUGCUCGCUGCUACUCUCGAGGCUCUGCCAGAUAUUGCAGCCAGGACCCGACAAGGAAUAUUCCAUGGUGUCCGAGUGCAUGACAAAGUAGAUGCCUAUCUUGGGAUCCCAUAUGCCAACCCUCCCAUAGGCGAUCUUCGAUUCCGCCCUCCACAGCCUCUGGACACCGGUGACGAACAUACAAUCGUCAAUGCAACUCAAUUCGGUCCUGUGUGCUAUCAGUUUCGGUAUAAGACCGUGCUGGGAGACAACCUAGCAGCAACUACCCCCGAGUCGGAGGACUGCUUGUCACUGAACAUCUUCGCACCACGAGCACGCCCAAAAUCCAAAUUGCUGCCAGUUUUUGUCUGGUUGUAUGGAGGUGCCUUCAAUGAGGGAGGCUCCAGUGUUCCAUUAUUUAACCCUACCGGCCUCGUCGCGAACCAGCCCGAUAUCAUCGUUGUCACUUUGAAUUACCGUCUCAACGUGUUCGGAUUUCCCAACUCCCCCGCGAUUCCAAUCGACCAGCAGAAUCUUGGUAUUCGAGACCAGCGAGCUGCAUUGGAAUGGCUGCGCGAGAACCUCGCUGCAUUCAGUGGCGAUCCAGCCAGAAUCUCACUUGGUGGCCAAUCUGCAGGUGCAGACUCUGCUGCAUUGCUGACCUAUGCAUUCAAAGAUGACCCGAUCGUGCAAGGUCUGAUCUUGCAGAGCGCGGUUCCAGAAUAUGUCGGGCCCCAGGACGAUUUUGUGUUCAUUCAGGCAGCAGAGAGAUCCCUGCGCCGAUUCUGCACAGAGCGCUUUCCAACCUUACGGUCAAAGUUCGGUACGACUGGAGGGGCCCCGAUGAUUGAUAACGAUGCUGCAGAAGAAUAUAGCCGUCUAGGCUCGGCUGGCUCUUUUGCGAAUGUGCCUGUCCUGAUGGGCAUCACCAAUAAUGAAGGUGAUGGGGUUCUGAACUGGUCUGAAAAGGGCGUCAACAAGACCCUUUCGGACAUCCUCACAACCACAUAUUUCAAUUGUCCCAUGUCCCAAGAAGCCUUAUUCCGCGCGAAGCAUCAUGUUCCAGUGUGGCGGUAUCGCUACCUGGGAGUCUUCCCAACAGUGACAUUCUUCCCAUGGCUAGGACCUUACCAUCAAGCGGAUAUUGCACUUUCUUUAGGGUCAUACAGGCAUCUCCAGCCUCACAAGAAGCCGCAGUGGUACGAAGUGGCCGCCAGCGAUUACCUCCAAAAAGCGUGGGCAGCAUUCAUCAAGUCUCCGAGGGAUGGACUAUCAAGGAAGAUGGGUUGGCCGAUGUACAAUCCGAACGGCACGACCCUUGUCGAACUCUUCGCUAAUAACACCCCGACUGCCCGUCUCCGAGACCCGGCUGAAUUCGAUGCUAUUUGCUCUCAUCCCCCUCCAAUUCCGUCGGACAUCUGGUCCCAAGGCCCUUCUUAA